AUGGCUGUUAGUGGUUCGCUGCCCGCUACCGGUACAAGCUACCGCGCACUUUUGAAUAAUCGUCCUUUCUGCACAAGUCCGCAUCAACAUCUCUCGCAAAUCCCCAUUGAUCUGCGAGACUCGACUACUACAAUGAAACCGCACGAAAGCAUUGGUUUCGUAUCCGGUACCAUGCUGCAACAAGAAGAUGAAGGUCCAACAGCAGCGCCUAACUCUGAAGAUCCGACUGAUCGCGGCUUGCAACGGUUACUCGAUUUGCCGACUGAGCUGCGCUGUUACAUCCUGGAGGUUCUCAUCAAGGAUAAACACUUCGAAACCCACUAG